GCGUUAAAAUUAUCCGCCAUCCAGUAUUCAGUCUCGAACGGAACGGCGCGCGAGCUCGGUCGAUUAUUAAAAAAAAAAAAGGUGGUGGACGAGUCGUCCAGUGUUAACGCACUGUUUCGACAGCACACGUAACGUGUUCGGGCUGUCAUCGUCUUUCAAAUGAGUUCCAGCGGUAAAGGGCCCUCGAAUUAUCAGCGAUUCGACGAUGAAUCCAAUCCGAAUUAUCGAACGGAUACAUCUUACGGUACUAGUCCGAAAUAUGGAUCUAUGUUGUCUUGCGCUUUCUCAGACAGUCAUUCGAGAAUGUCACCUCGCGAAGGCGUUGUCCCCAACGAGUUGAGUCACAGAUCAACUUCACGGGGGAGACCACCUGGCGAAGGAAAUGAUCCUGAUGCCCAGUCAGAGACGGCGGCUUUCGCCAGACAAUCUACCAUGCUGGAUGCAGAUUUGCAUUGGGAAAUGAAUUACCACGAAGCUGCUAUCUUUUUAGAGGAAGGUCGUAACAACGAGAAAUUCGAUUCACAUCCUCGUCAUCCGGACGAUUUGCCAGCAUAUUUGUUGGUUCACAACAGCUGGUACUAUGGACUUGAUUUGUUUACAUCUCUGCUCCUCUUGGCAUUGGCUUUCGUCGAAGAACCAGCAGUACCACUUUUUCAAGUACCAGUCUGGGCUCAUGGUUCUAUCGAACUUUUAGCUCUAACAACAAUUGGAAUCGAGUUAGCGUUCAAGCUGCGUUGGAUUGGUUGGGGAACGAUACUGAAACACAAACGAACGAUGCUGAAGUGCAUAACAUUGGCGAUAAUGUUCGUCGAAGCGACCACAGUCCUCGUUCGUCAAUCAUCGCAUUUCCGAGUGACAAGAGCACUCAGACCAAUAUUUCUCGUCGAUACGAAAUACUGUGGUGGGGUCAGAAGAUUCAUACGACAAAUAUUGCAAACUCUACCACCGAUUUUGGAUAUGUUGUGCCUUCUAUUAUUCUUGAUUAUGACCUACAUGGUACUUGGUUACUACAUGUUCUCUCAGACUAACAGAAAUUUUGCUACGCUGCAGGACAGCUUCGUUAGUCUGUUUGUUUUACUUACAACAGCAAAUUUUCCAGACGUUAUGAUGCCAUCGUUUUCGAGAAGCAAAUGGUACGCGAUCUAUUUCGUAUCCUAUCUGAGCACAAUGCUAUAUGUCAUGAUGAAUCUCAUGCUGGCCGUUGUCAACGAAACUUUCACCUCGGCGGAACGUGACAAAUUUAAAAAAUUAUAUCUCCAUAAGAGGCGAGCCUGCCAACACGCUUUCAAGCUUCUUGUAUCCAAACAGAGCCCUGAUAGAAUGAGAUUUCGUCAAUUCGAGGGUCUUAUGCGAUACUAUGCACCUCAAAAAGCAACUCUGGACAUCGUCUUAAUGUUUCGACACAUGAACGCAUCCGGCACUGGAUCACUGAGCUGUGACGAGUUUCUCAGUGUUUAUGACGUUACGACACUCCAAUGGGAACCACAGUAUUCAAGUGUACCUUGGUAUCACACAGCUUGGAAACCAUUGCAAAUGCUCUGCAACGGAGCAAACUCUUGUAUAAUGUCGCCCUACUUUGAGCCAAUUGUUUAUGCCCUCAUUAUCGGCAACGGAAUUAUGAUGUUGGAUGGGCUUAUGCAGCGUGCAGCUUCCCUCGAGGAAUCUGCACGAAUAUUUGCUGCUAGCUGGGAUACUUUAUUGUUCGGAGGACUAUUCGUGACGGAAGCACUCAUAAAAGUUCUUGGACUUGGAAUGAGGCGUUAUUUGAGUUCAGGCUGGAACCUAUUUGAUUUGGGAGCAUCGAUAAUGUCACUCGUGGGAGCCUGUGGUCUUAUGCUCUUCCCGAGUGCAACGUUCUUUGUUGUCUUUAGACCUUUGAGAAUGUUGAGGUUAUUCAAAGUGAAGAAACGUUAUCGCGACGUGUUCGGUACAUUGGUGAUAUUGUCCCCUCUCAUGUGCUCUACCGCGAUUGUCAUGUUAAUAUUGUACUAUUUCUUCGCUAUUAUCGGCAUGGAAAUGUUCGCCGGAUACGAUAUGCGUAAUUGUUGCCAAAAUACAACUGUCGAAGAAUUCUACAAAUAUUCCGUCAACAGGAGUACAACUUUGGGAUAUUACUAUCUCAAUACUUUUGACAAUUUGAUGGCGAGUGGAAUGACACUUUUCGAACUGACUGUCGUCAACAAUUGGUUCAUACUGAUGAACGCGUACGCGUUUACUGUCGGUCUCUACAGUCGUGUAUUUUUCAUGACUUUUUAUCUCGUAACGAUGAUCGUUUUAACGAUCGUCGUGUCGAGCUUCUUGGAGGCUUUCAGAUUCAGAAUACAAUAUAAACGUUCAACAUCCAAGCGCGAUGAGGAGAAAAUGCUGCACGAAGAAGUCGAAUUGAGAUGGGACGAAUUACAAGCGAUCGUACAAGAUUUUCAACUCUUGGAACAUUUGCGGUCGAAUUUGGUCGUUGGCGGAACUGCCGCGUUCAUUGGUUCACGACCUCGGACACGAGAAGUGCUCCAGAGACGAAUGUAUACGAAUGAGAUAUCCGAGUGGGUGGCAGAAGUCAAGUUGGAGGAGUUGCAAGGUGCUUCUAGAUCGGUGAGCAGUUUCGACGAAGUUGGAAUCGAAGACGGGGAUUUGGAACCCGAACAGAUAAUAUUGAGAAGAGAUAGCACAGUGCAUCUUCGUAACGGAGUUACGACUAGUCCUAUGUAACAAAAUAACUCAGAAUUCUAUCAUUAUGGUAAUUAUUUUUAUCGUCUCGAAUACCCGUUGAUAACGGUAUUGAGGUUGGCUCCGUUGAAACCAAACGAGAAACAGCAAUUUCGAGCUGUACCGUGAAAGUGGUACGAAAACGAUAGGAAUUCUGACUACAGGAAAUUCGAAAGGAAAAAUUAGUUGCAUCUGAAAUACGCAAUCGUUGAGGUCACCAUUGUUUUAUAUACACGACUAACAAAUGUGGUCGUAACUAGAGAUUCGACGGAGUGACAGAAAGAUAAAGAGAGAAACAAAGAUAAAACCGUAUUAGAAUAUCACUAAGCGAUAUAAAUGAUUAAUAUUAUUUCAAUCUUUGUCCCGCAAUGGAGCAAAGUCUUGAAAUAUAUUUUAUACUGCUGAAUUUAAAGAUACUUUGUACGUAAAUAGAAAGUUUAUUAUUUAUUUUACGUUUUCAUCGACACUGAGACGCUCUUUAAGAUAUUGUCAAUUGUCGUUAAUCAUUAUUUAAUAAGCGGAUCUUUUUUUGACACGCACUUGACAGCACGGUGCGCACACGUCAUACAUGAAAAAAAAUAUACCAAUAUUCCUAGCGUCAAUUUCGAACGUGUGCAACUAACAAAUAAAAAAUUGAUAACGACGAGGGAAAAUUAUGAAUCACCAGUGAACGGGUGUAUCGUUGAUUUGUUUCCGUAAAUUCAACGUACGGAAUAUGUUGCAAGUGUUUAAACCGUUCAAAAUCAUUUGUGUACAUAAUCAUUUUUGGUCGCGGAUAACCAUUUCUUUAAAUGUCAUAUAUUCCGUUUUGUUUUUCUUUUGUAAAUAAUGUUCGGUUUUUGUAUACAGUAUUUUUUAGUAUGCGAGAGUUUCUUACUGCAAAUUCAUUCCAAACUGAGAAAAAUAGCACAUACAAAGAUGAGGCUAAUACCGAUUUUUAUAGUAGGAUUAUGGAUUAUCACUUGAAAGUAGAAAGUAGAAAGAAUACGACGAGAUGAAGAAUUAAGGAAGUACGAUCAUGAAACUAAACCCAAGACUCUGAUUGGAAAUUCUUUCGUGAUUCGGACGAAUAUUCUGUACGCCUGUUGCCACGACGUGGGUUCCAUCGCCGCUCUUGUUUAUCCGUAAUAAAAUUGUAAAAGAAUUUUGAACCAUCGAACGGUCGCGUGUAAUGUCUCAUGCGAUCGGCGAACCUAAUCUUACUUUUCUCGGACUCUCAAGUCACUGAGAAUCCAAUUCGUCAGUUUCAUUUUUCUAAACUGAUCAUUUACCACGAUUGUUUUAAUACCCGAGACAACAAAGCCAAAAAAUAUAAAUAUUCGACACGAAUCAGUAUGGCUUCGAGCAUUUUUUACUCAAGCUCUUUCUCGAGCCCGAGGAAAAGGUCGUACUUCUUUAAUAAAGUCACACUGACCCCGUCGUUCAAGGAUUCCUUGUUUUUGACUCACCAGCGUUAAGCAAGGACCAUGCAUAGGUCGAACGGUUUAGGAGACUAUAUCGACACUGAUGUAUUUGAAUGAAAACAUAUUGUACCAGCUAUACUCAGAGAAAAAUUCAAUAAAAGAGAAUACGUGUGAUGUUUUGAAGCCAA